AUGGCCGCUAACACCACCUCCGGCGCUGUUGAUCAGCUCGCCAAUGAUCUCACCAACACUUCCCUCAACGGCAGCGAUGCCAAGGCCCCCGCCAUCGACACCAACGUGAGCGGAGGGUCCGAGGACGCCUCGGCUCCCACCCCCGGCUCUGCUGCCCCCCAGCCGCAGAACUCCGCCUCCCUCUACGUCGGCGAGCUCGACCCCUCCGUCACCGAGGCCAUGCUCUUCGAGCUCUUCUCCCAGAUCGGUGCGGUCGCCUCCAUCCGUGUCUGCCGCGAUGCUGUCACCCGCCGCUCCCUCGGCUACGCCUACGUCAACUACAACUCGACUGCCGAUGGCGAGAAGGCUCUUGAGGAGCUCAACUACACGCUCAUCAAGGGCCGCCCUUGCCGCAUCAUGUGGUCUCAGCGUGACCCUGCCCUGCGCAAGACCGGCCAGGGCAACGUCUUCAUCAAGAACCUCGAUGUGGCCAUCGACAACAAGGCCCUCCACGAUACCUUUGCCGCCUUCGGUAACAUUCUGAGCUGCAAGGUCGCCCAGGACGAGAACGGCAACUCCAAGGGCUACGGCUUUGUCCACUACGAGACUGAUGAGGCUGCUCAGCAGGCCAUCAAGCACGUCAACGGCAUGCUUCUCAACGAGAAGAAGGUCUACGUCGGCCACCACAUCCCCAAGAAGGACCGCCAGAGCAAGUUCGAGGAGAUGAAGGCCAACUUCACCAACAUCUACGUCAAGAACAUCAACAACGAGGUCACCGAUGACGAGUUCCGCGAGCUCUUCGAGCAGUACGGCGAGAUCACCUCGGCCUCUCUUGCCCGCGACCAGGAGGGCAAGAGCCGUGGCUUCGGCUUCGUCAACUUCACCACCCACGAGAACGCCUCCAAGUCCGUCGAGGAGCUCAACGGCAAGGACUUCCGCGGACAGGAUCUGUACGUUGGCCGUGCUCAGAAGAAGCACGAGCGUGAGGAGGAACUUCGCAAGUCGUACGAGGCCGCCCGCCUUGAGAAGGCCAACAAGUACCAGGGCGUCAACCUGUACAUCAAGAACCUGGGCGAUGAUGUCGACGAUGAGAAGCUGCGCCAGAUGUUCUCCGAGUUCGGCCCCAUCACUUCUGCCAAGGUCAUGAGGGACAGCCUCGCGGAGACCGAGGAGAAGGAGCGCAAGGAGAAGGAGGAAGAGAAGGAGAAGGAGAACCAGAAGGAGGAGCCCAAGGAGGAGAAGGUGGAAGAGGAGGAGAGCGAGGAGUCGGCCGAGAAGAAGUCUGACAAGAAGGACCGGAAGCUCGGUAAGAGCAAGGGCUUCGGCUUCGUCUGCUUCAGCAACCCCGACGACGCCACCAAGGCUGUUGCCGAGAUGAACCAGCGCAUGAUCGAGGGCAAGCCACUCUACGUCGCUCUCGCUCAGCGCAAGGACGUCCGCAAGAGCCAGCUUGAGGCUAGCAUCCAGGCUCGCAACCAGUUGCGCAUGCAGCAGGCCGCCGCCGCCGCCGGUAUGCCCCAGCAGUACAUGCAGCCCCCGGUCUUCUAUGGCCAGCAGCCCGGCUUCAUGCCUCAGGGUGGCCGCGGCAUGCCCUUCCCGCAGCCCGGCAUGGGCAUGGGCGGUGUGCAGGGCGGACGCCCUGGCCAGUUCCCCGGCUAUCCCCAGCAGGGUGGCCGUGGUGGCGUGCCUCAGCAGAUGCCUCCCAACAUGUACGGCAUGCCCGGCCAGUUCCCGCCUCAGUAUGGCCAGCCCGGCACGCCUCAGUUCAUGGCUGCGAUGCAGCAGGCCCAGCAAGCCGCACUGGGCGGCGGCCGUGGCGGCCCCCAGGGUGGCCGCGGUGCCAUGCCUCCUCCCACCGCCCCUGGUGCGAUGCCCGGCUUCCCCCCGAACAACCGCCAGCAGGGCAACAUGGGUCGCGGCGGUAAUGCCAACGGCCGCAGUGGCAACUUCCCCAACCAGCCCCGUGGCGCCGAGGCCAACAACGGCUCUGCGCUGCAGGCGCAGCUUUCCGCUGCCCAGCCCGCCCAGCAGAAGCAAAUGCUUGGCGAGCUGAUCUUCCCCAAGAUCCAGGCCAUCAAUGCCGACCUUGCCGGCAAGAUCACUGGCAUGCUGCUCGAGAUGGACAACACCGAGCUCAUCAACCUCAUCGAGGACGAGGGCGCUCUGAAAGCCAAGGUCGACGAGGCGCUCGCGGUCUACGACGAGUAUGUCAAGACCCAGGGCGGCGCUGAGGGCGGCGACGACAAGAAGGAGGAGGAGACCAAGGCAUAA